GGCCAGCAGUGCCUCCAGCACGCCGCCCGCAGCACGCUCAUCCUCCCGGUUUCCCUCGUCCACGGCAAAUUCGGAGCGCUGCGCCUGGAGAGCCUGCUGAAGAGCAACGCUGGAGGACGAGAGGUAGUCGUCGUUGUCUUCUUUGUACCAGUUGUUUCACGUAACUGCGUUUUGGCCGCAGGAAUGGGCGAUGGAAUGCGCCGCAGCUUUGCAAUGAGACACGCGUGGCUCUGCUUCUUGCUCGCCAGCCUCACCUGCCGUCUGAGCCUCCAGCAAGAGGCGACAGGGACGCCCACCGAGGCGGAAUUAAUUAACAACAUUACCGUGUUCACUCGCAUCCUGGACGGACUGCUCGAUGGCUACGACAACAGGCUCCGCCCUGGACUGGGAGAAAAGGUGACGGAGAUCAAAACCAACAUUUUUGUCACCAGCUUCGGUCCUGUCUCGGAUACAGAAAUGGAGUACACCAUCGACGUGUUCUUCCGCCAGAGCUGGAAGGACGAGCGCUUGUGCUUCGAAGGCCCCAUGAAGAUGCUGCCGCUGAACAACUUACUGGCUAGCAACAUCUGGACACCCGACACGUUCUUCCUCAACGGCAAGAAGUCCAUCGCGCACAACAUGACAACACCUAACAAGCUGCUGAGGCUGCAGGACGACGGCACGCUGCUCUACACUAUGAGAUUGACCAUAUCUGCGGAGUGCCCAAUGCAACUGGAGGACUUCCCCAUGGACGCGCACGCUUGUCCCCUUAAGUUUGGAAGCUAUGCGUACCCGGUUUCAGAGGUUGUCUACACAUGGGAUAAAGGCGCUGCCAAGUCAGUGGUGGUUGGCGAGGAGGGCUCUCGUCUCAACCAGUACCACCUGAUUGGUCAGACGGCCGGCACAGAGGACAUCUCCACCAGCAGAGGUCAGUACACAGUGAUGAUGGCUCACUUCUACCUGAAGAGGAAGAUUGGCUACUUCGUCAUCCAGACGUACAUGCCGUGCUUCAUGACCGUCAUCCUGUCGCAAGUCUCUUUCUGGCUCAACCGCGAGUCUGUGCCCGCACGCACCGUCUUUGGCGUGACCACGGUGUUGACCAUGACCACGCUCAGCAUCAGCGCUCGUAACUCAUUGCCCAAAGUGGCCUACGCCACCGCCAUGGACUGGUUCAUCGCCGUGUGCUACGCAUUCGUUUUCUCCGCCCUCAUUGAGUUUGCUACGGUUAACUACUUCACCAAGCGGAGCUGGGCCUGGGACGGCAAGAAGGCCAUGGAGGCCCAACAACCCAAACGGAAGGAUCCUUUGGCGCUGUCCAAGAAGCCCAACAACGCCUGCGCGGCCGGCGUCAACUACACGGCCAACCUGACCAAGGACGCGUCGGUGUCCACCAUUUCCAACAGCACGUCCGUGCAGCUCAAGGCGGCCCCUGAGUCCAAGGGCGCCGACCCCAAGAAGACGUACAACAGCGUGAGCAAGAUUGACAAAAUGUCCCGCAUCGUGUUCCCUGUGCUCUUCGGCACCUUCAACCUGGUCUACUGGGCCACCUAUCUCAACCGGGAGCCUGUCAUUAAGGGAGCCGUUUAG